UUUAUUCUGAGAUCUACCUAGCAACAGCUGAGAUCAUCUAUUAAAUUCAACAAGAUCGACUCUUGAUCAUUUAUUGCCUUGAUUAAGAUCCACUGGAGAGGAUGGAUGAAGAAGCUAAAUCCUCAGUGCAUGUGUUGGUGUGUGUGUGUGUUAAUAUUUAACCAGCGCUUGUGCGUGCGUGCGUGCGUGCCAGACCGGAGGCUGCAGCAUCGAGGCGAGUCUAAAACACAACCACAUCUUCACAAGACCAGCCAUCCAGAAUGCCUUGCUCCCUCUACGGAACAAACUCGUGGUUCCUGUCUGAAAUGACCUCCUUGGCGUAUUUGUUCAGCAGAAGAUGCUCUCUUUAAACAAUCCUGGAUAAACAGAACUGUGUUAACACAGAAAGGACCAUUUGAUUGUAUCUUUAGAUGAACCAUAAAUAGAAACCAGACUCAUGGAGGCCAUCACAUUCUCCUACAGCUCUGGUUUAGUCCAGGAAGUGAGGGCGUCCUGCAGAAACUGAGACAUGGGCUGCGGGGGUAGCAGGACUGACGCUCUAGAGCCUCGCUACCUGGAGAGCUGGACCAAAGAGACGGAGUCCACCUGGUUGACGAGCACAGACACCGACAUCCCGCUGUCGUCCAUCCAAAGCAUCCAAUCAGAGAACUCUGAGGCUGGGUUUGCAUCUGAGAAAACGAUCAGCCCGGUUCCAGAUUUCUUUGAAGACGGUCUCCCUCCUCCUGCUCAGGCAUAUCUGAAGGGGUGCUCCGCUGUGUCUGAAGCCAGUCUGAAUGAUGUGAAACCCAGCAGCCCAGUGUCCAUCCUGUCCUCUCCACAGCAGGAAGUGACGUCACCUUCAUCGGGCACCACCGUGCAGCGCAGAAGCGUUCUACACACUGAAGAGAUUACAAAAUGGCAGGACAACAGGAAGUCCACCAAGCAGGUGACCAUCACAGUUACCCAGAGCAUCCACCAGGUGGACAAGAAUGGAAAGGUUAAGAAGUCCCUCACAACCUAUGAGGUUAUGAAACCUGUGGAGACGAUUAAACAGGUGGACACUCAAAACACCUGAGACUGGAAAAAGACCAGAGAGGAAUUAAUCUACUACUCGUGAGGUAUUUACGAUCCAGUGACUGAUGGGUGACCAGGAAUCAGGUUUAACGAGAAACAAAGAUCUUUUCAGUUUGAUGUGUGUUUUAUGUAUUUGACACGAUAGAGUCAGACGUCUAAACAAAUGGGUUAAAAAGGGAAGUACAAACAAUGUAAUUUCUUGUUUUUUAUUUGAUGAAAAAAGAAACUCGUACUGUCUUUGCAGCAAACAGGAUGUUUAUUAAUUACUGUGAAAAAACACUUUAAUCUCAUAAAUACGUCAUGUUAGUAUUAUUUGCAGUGGAAAAUCUAACAGAUGUGAAUAUUUCUGUCUUACUGUUUGGUGUUGACACAAGACAGGUUUGUGGUCUUACAAUCUGAAUGGCUCUAAAACAGGAAGUGAAGAAUUUAGCUUCAGGAGUGUGAUGAGGAGGGGAGUCCGUUUACUGCAUCGUGUUGCUUCGAACAAUCCAGUGUUCUUUUUUUCAUGUCAGUUGUUUUUUUUUAAUAAAUUAUAACAUUUGA